AUGCAAAACGUAAAUGCUCCACGGGAGCCAGCUCCCGUGCUAAGCACAAGUUCUACUAUAUUAAAUAUGAGGGAGAAAGAAAAAUAUAUAGAAGAAUUCGAUUUUCCAUUCUGUGACGAGUCAUCCAAAUACGAAAAAGUAGCAAAAAUCGGCCAGGGUACGUUCGGAGAGGUGUUCAAAGCUAGAGCUCGAAACAGCAGCAAAAAAUUCGUUGCCAUGAAAAAAGUUCUGAUGGAUAACGAAAAGGAGGGCUUUCCGAUCACAGCCUUACGUGAAAUAAAGAUACUACAGCUGUUAAAACACGAAAAUGUCGUGAAUUUAAUCGAAAUAUGUCGGACAAAGGCAACUUUACAUAACAAGUAUCGGUCGACGUUUUACUUGGUUUUCGAUUUCUGCGAGCACGAUUUGGCGGGAUUAUUGUCGAAUGUGAACGUUAAAUUCAGCUUGGGCGAGAUAAAAAAGGUCAUGCAACAGUUGCUGAAUGGCCUGUACUAUAUACACAGUAAUAAAAUAUUACACAGGGAUAUGAAAGCUGCGAAUGUGCUGAUAACAAAGAAUGGGGUGUUGAAGUUGGCCGAUUUCGGGUUGGCAAGAGCCUUCAGUGUAGCUAAAUCUGGGCAAGCAAAUAAAUAUACCAACAGAGUUGUGACACUUUGGUAUAGACCUCCCGAAUUGUUGUUAGGUGACCGUAACUAUGGCCCCCCAGUGGACAUGUGGGGCGCUGGUUGCAUCAUGGCUGAGAUGUGGACUCGCUCGCCCAUCAUGCAGGGUCCAACAGAACAGCAGCAGUUGAUCUUAAUAUCGCAGCUAUGCGGCUCCUGCACGCCUGAUGUGUGGCCUGGAGUGGAGAGUCUAGACUUGUACAACAAGAUGGAGCUGCCGAAGGGCCAGAAGAGGAAGGUCAAGGAAAGGCUGAAGCCAUAUGUAAAGGACCCGUACGGUUGCGACCUGCUCGAUAAGCUCCUGCAGUUGGACCCCGCUAAGAGAUACGACGCGGACACAGCGUUAAACCACGACUUCUUCUGGACGGACCCGAUGCCCUGCGACCUCGCGAACAUGCUGGCCCAGCACACGCAGAGCAUGUUCGAGUAUCUCGCUCCACCACGGAGGCCAGGCCACUUGAGGCACCAUCACCAUGUAGCCGGUGCCCAGGCCAAGCCGAACCCACCUCCGCAGGACUCUGGGUACCAAGACAGAGUGUUCUAGACCUCGUACAGGUCGAAACGACCUGGGAGACACUGCUAGCAGACUUAAGUGAAGUGAUGUGAUAUUACAAUGAGGCUUUUGGGUAGUAAAGUGAUGGAUUGUGUUCGGGAGGAUUGCCAUUCAAUAAACAACCACACUCACAAUGAUGCUCAAAAAGUGUGAGAUAUCAAAUCCUACUGUAUAAGGCAAUUUUCUAAUAGGCAUGUGAUACAAUGGACUUAGAACGUUACUGCAAUGUAAUAAGGUGCUAAUUUGAGUCAUCAUUUUAUUCAAUAUCAUAUUUUGACCGUUAAAUAGGUGAUUGUGAGUUAAGCUGUUUGUAAUAUGUUAAUCUAGCGAAGUGUUCAAGUUAUGAGAGCGAGAAGGAGUGUAAAUCCAUGUCAAGAAAGGGGGAUGCCUACUUUAGGUAGUGUAAAUUCAUGUCAGGUAAGUGAUUGGUCAUUUUAGAGAUGUGAAAAGGACCUCUUUUAAGAAAAUGUUAGGGUACUGUGAAUGAUGUGUAUUUGAUGUAUCACAGAUCUUUCAAAUUGACUGUAAUUGAAUGAAUAAUUGAUUUGUAAGUUAUAAAUUUAUGUAGUUGGAAUACUUUUACGCAGAUUUAGUGAAUUACUUAUACUUUUAAAUUAAAGUUAUUUUCUCUUUCCGGCACCGUUAUUGCAAUAAUCAUAUGAUUUUAGUAAUUCAAUGUAUUUAAUUUGAAAGAAAUUGCUCCUCUUCAUGUCCAAAUGACGUCAGAAGAUAUUUUAAUCAUUUAUUUCUGUAUAUCAAUUUUGUGGAUUGACUUUAAUUAGAUGAAAAUUGCUUUCAAAAAUUUGUUAGAAAAUAUACUCUGAAUUAUGUUGGUUAUGUUAUAAUCGAUUUUAAAUGAUAAGAAUGACUGCAAUACUUAACUUAGCACUAUUGGUGCUGAAGCUAUGUCCUCAACAGUCUGUGGGCAUUGCUCGAUUCUCACGGUUAAAUAAAUUGCAAGAUAAUAUUAUAAUUGUAUGUCUAUGUCUGUAUUUGUAUCUUGUAUAUAUAAAAUAGAUCGGUUUUUAAUGUAACAUGCAAAAGAUGGACAUUUUAAAAUUAGACAAUAAUUAAUUCAUUUCGAAUAAUUAAGGAGCAGCAACUUGUGUAUGUAUAAAUGAUUUUUAUAGAAUUUUGUAAAUAUUUUAGGUGUAAGGUCUAAAGCCUUCCUCCAUUAGAGUAUUGUACCAAAUCUAUGGACAAAUAUAAAUGCAUUAAUUGUCCAUAUUGUAUACCUGGCAUUGUUGAUAAAAUAAAUGCUUUUCUUUGCUUUUGUGACAUUGAAAGUGUAAUAAUACAAUAAGAAAGAAUUAAGAGUUAAUUAAGAUAUGUAAUGUCGUUUUUGUAUUUAGGAUUAAUUUUAUUUUUUGAAAAAUAUAUACAGUAUGGAAAACUAACAUGAGUCGAGGUUCGAACCUGCGUCUUUCGUCACAUUGGAACGAUCGGAAUCGAUUAUCGAAUCGAUAUCCCAUUCAUAUUUUUCAAAUACUUAAUAAUAUAUUAUAAUAGUUUAAAAAAACUAAAAAACACGCUUUUAUCAUAUUUUGCAAAUUGAAAAAUG